AUGAAAAUAUAUGAGGAAGGAAGCGAAGAGCUCAAGAACAAGCUCAAGUUGAUAAGAAAUGGCUGCGUAGAAGGACCUCAAAAGCAAUCUCAAUUGGCAGAGGCACAUAUAGCAGAAAUCAAGGAGCUACUUGUGCAGUACACAUCCCCACAAUCUGGCUUUUACGACUUGACAGUGCUCAAUUUACUCACCCAAUCGCUAUCUAAUCUUGUCACUCAACAUCCAUCUAAUCAGAAAUUAGUUUGGAAUGAAUUCGGAGAUCAAUUCCCUCGGCUUAUUGCGUAUCCUGAUAUGCAGAUCGUACAGACAUCUCUCAUUUUGAUCCGCAACUUAUCCUCAACUGCCAACGUCCGUUUGUUAUCGCGAAGGCCUGUUCUCAUUGCGUUGCUUGAUCUCUUUAUCAAGUUGGAACGCACCCAUGAAGAUGACGAUAGCGUUUUUCAUUUGGCUUUCGUCAUCGUCUCAUCUAUCAUCGAGAACGAAGACGUGGACACAGUUUGGAAUAUCCUAGACACAUUCGAGGAUGAGCCUCUCACACCACCUCAAGCAGCAUUCAUAAAGUGUUUGGAUGCGUACAUUCACCAAUCUGGCCCUGGAAACCUUAAAGCUCUGUUUCUCAUACCCUUUCUGAUGCGUACACUCGACUUUUGUCGCACUUCAAUGCUAUCAUCAACAUCAGCGCAAGGAGAACCAGAUCCGCGCUUGGGAUCGGUUGUUCAGACGUCCUUGGUGGCUGCUGAGACCUUCACUGUCUUCCAAUCAGCCUUUGAAGAAACGAGGAAUCAUCCACUACUCGCAAGUGCGAGGUCAUCCCAACUACCAGAAUUAGCUGUUGGCGCACUCGAAGCUUCAUUAGAAUUUCUUCCCUCAAUAAAGCCCUUCUCAAAGGAGAGUGAACACGACGAUCCGCUAAAGCAAUUUGCCAACUUCAAGCCGGCAUUGAUGCGUCUUAUUUCUGUCGUUGCGGGAAGUGACGCAGAUGUAAAAGAGCGUAUAGGAAGUGUUGGUGGCUUGAGAGCGUGUAUGAAUUGCGCACACGUCGAUAUGCGUGAGAGUUCUCAAAGAGAAAGUGCUCUCUUCACCCUCUCUGUACUUCUCAAGAACCAUACAAGCAAUCAGCAACGUGUCCGCGAUCUUGGUGAUACACCUGUUGGUGUACUGGAUGCUCAAGGCGUUCUGCAGCCAUUUGAGGGCAAAAAUACGCGUCAGAUCUAG